GUUGAAUUUUUAAUUAAUAGACGGUGUAGCGCCCUCUUAAGUGGUAUACCUAUCCGUUUGUGGCAUUAAUCAGAUAAGAUAUUUUGCGUUUAAUAAUGCAUAUAAAUAACGUUCACCUAAGCGUUUGAUUGGCAUUUCUCCAUGAAUUUCCAAUACGGCUGUAUUUCAUAACAACAAAUAUUUAUGUAUAGAUAAAUUACUAAUAAAAUAUAUACAUUGAAAGAUCGGGGAUUGUCAAUCAUGAAGACUUCACGACGUUGGCUGUACUUGAAACUAUUAUUUACCACUUGUUCGUUGGCUACCCAUCAAUUUAUCAUAGGCGCCACGCUUAUAUUCUCUGGAAUAUUGUUUGCCAAACUCAGAGAGCCUUCGUCCACGUUGACACUUACCCCAGAACAAGCAUCGUGGAUAGCUAGUGUACCGAAUCUGGUGUGCCCAAUCGGCUCGGUGGCAACGGGCAUACUGGCUGACAAGAUAGGCAGGAGGAAAGCUUUGCAUCUCACGUUUAUACCGUUGAUAAUCAGUUGGGGGAUUCUGGGCUUUUUCGACACCUACAAAUCCAUCAUGAUAGCGCGGACUUUGCUAGGAUACUCCGAAGGCACUGGCGCCUAUGUGUUGCUGUACAUCACCGAAACCAGUCCCACCGUAUACCGUCCGCUGUUCCUGGCACUCGUACUGGUCGUCACCGGCAUGGGAAUGCUGACAAUUUCGGUGUUGGCCAUCUUUUACACGUGGCAAACACUGUCCCAGAUGUUUUGCCUGAUGAGCUUGGCGUGUGCGGUACUGCUUUUCGCCGUACCGGAACCGCCCAUCUGGCUGAGGUCCAAGGGCCUGGAAACGGAAGCGGACCGCGUGGAAAAGUGGUUCGGCCUCGACCCGCUGCAGAAGAUGCCCGGUUGCGGCGUGUCCACGAUCGCGUCCAACGCGACGGCCGCUCGGCCACCGCCACUGCCGCCGUCGUCCAAGUGGUCCGUGUACACCAGCCGGUCGGUGUGGAAGCCGGCGCUGAUCACGUUGGCGUUCUUCGUUUGCCAGCAGGGCACCGGUUUCUACAUUCUGCUGUUCUACUCGGUGGACGUGAUUAGGGACUGCCGCGUGCCCGUUGACGGCAUGACGUUCAACGCGUGCCUGUCUGUCACCCGGAUCGUGGCCAGCGUCAUAUACGUCAUGCAGUACGAGACGAAACGCCGGACGCUGGUGGUCAUCUCUAGCGUGGGCAUGUGCGUUGGCCUGUCGUCCGCCGUUGGUUACUUGUACGCGUUCGACGACGUCCGCGAUCCGCCGUACCAGUUCUUGCUCACAGCCGCCUUCUUGGCUUACGUGUUUUUCGCUGUGUUGGCCAUGCUGCCGUUGCCGUGGAGCAUAACCGGCGAACUAUUUCCCAUGGCCGUCAAAGGUACGAUGAACGGCGUCAUACACUCUUGUGGAUACGAACUACUAUUUUUGGCAACGAAAAUUUACCCAAUGAUGGUAAUGACUUUGGGAAUAAAACUGGUGUGGUCGAUAUUCGCCGGAUUUUGUUUGAUGAGCGCCCUUUUCGGUGCGUUUGUACUGCCCGAGACCAAGGGCAAGUCUCUGGAUGAAAUUUUGACGGAAUUCGAACCGAAAAAGAAGGCCAAAAUAUUCCCUUAGUUGCGCCCCAAGCGAAUGUAACUAUUAGCUACAUAGGAAAUAUGUACAUUGUGUAUUAUUAUAUAAUAGUCAUUAGUUGAAGUAGUUUUUUUUUUAAUGUAAGUGUAUAGUUUUUAUAUGAAUACAAAAUGUACAUAUUGGGUAUAGAUUUAGUUGUACAUGAAUUAUUUGUAAAUAAUUCAAUAUUGCAAACCUAUAAUACACGUUUUAACAAUUAUUAUACCUACCAGCUACGUUAAUGCCAUGAACUUAUAGUGUUUUUAUUUAUAUG